CGAUUUACGUCCAUCCGUCACCACUCCGACCACGCCCCUCGAAUCCGUGCCUACGCUCUGCAGUUCCCAGAGUACGGCAUUCGCAACCCCGAAUCGAUCAAUGAGCUAUCUGCAGACGCCUUUGCAGCCCCCGUCUCCGCUCGCGAACGGCUAUCUCGAGGCAGCGAGCCACGGCCGCCAGCCCUUGUGCGGCAGCAGCGAAGGAUGGGGGCCCAUAAGUCGCGUGCGAUAUGACUUUACACCGUGUUUCCUCGACGUGUGGAUAGCCGCCGUGGCGGCGGUGGGCAUUGUGGGUGGAGCCGGCGCGGCGUGGUAUCUGCUCAGCAAGUGCAGCGCGCAGCCGGUGAAGAAGAAUUGGCACUUCUAUGCAAAGCUGACUACGAUCCUCGCGCUCGUCGUAACGACUGCCCUGCAGGCAGCCCUCCAGAUCGAAUACUACAAGGGCAUCUGGGCCGGCGAUUUCCGCUUCUGGGCGACCAUUCUCAACCUUGUUUCGCUCGGCGUGAUCUUCUACGUGCAGUAUACUGAGCACUGGCGCUCACGCAAUGCGAACGGUGUGGUGCUGUUUUAUUGGCUCUUUCUGCUGAUUGUAUAUGCCGUUAAGCUCCGGUCGUUAAUCUCUCAGCAGAUCCACCGCGAACAUGUGGCUUAUUUUGCCGUCUUCGCCGCCAGUGUUGGGUUGGCGGCAAUCGAGUUCGUCCUGGAGUGGGCCAUACAGAAACGACUGAGUGAUUACGAUGCGCUCGGUGACGAUGACGAAUGCCCAUACGAGUACUCCGACGUCUUUUCCGUUCUUACCUUUGGCUGGAUGACACCUAUGAUGAAGCGCGGGUACAAGACGUUUCUGACCCAGGAUGAUCUUUGGAACAUGCGGAAGCGGGAUACAACAAGGGCAUCCGCCGAUGCAUUUGAGGAGGCGUGGUCCUACGAACUUGAAAAGAAGCACCCGUCGCUGUGGAUUGCCUUGUUUCGCGCAUUUUGGGGCCCCUACUUCCGUGGAGGGCUUCUCAAGACUCUCAGUGACACGCUUAACUUUGCCCAGCCGCAGCUCCUGAGACUCCUCAUCACCUUUGUAUCGUCCUACCAAACCGACAACCCGCAGCCAGUCGCGCGAGGCGCAGCUAUCGCUAUCUCCAUGUUCGCCGUUUCCAUUAUGCAGACCGCGUUUUUGAACCAAUACUUCCAGCGUUCGUUCGAGACCGGCAUGCGUAUCAAGGCGUCGUUGACUGCUGCCAUUUACUCCAAGUCCACGCGCCUGUCAAACGAAGGGAGAGCUUCAAAAACCACUGGCGACAUUGUGAAUUACAUGGCUGUCGAUGGUCAACGUCUCCAAGACCUAGCGCAGUACGGCCAACAGCUAUGGUCCGCACCUUUCCAGAUCGUUCUAUGUAUGCUCUCACUCUACCAAUUAGUAGGAUGGAGCAUGUUCGCCGGUGUUGGGGCUAUGAUUAUCAUGAUCCCGAUCAACGGAUACAUCGCCCGGCUUAUGAAGACUUUGCAGAAGCAGCAGAUGAAAAACAAGGACGCACGUACAAGGCUCAUGACGGAGAUUUUGAACAACAUGAAGUCCAUCAAGCUAUACGCCUGGACUACCGCAUUCAUCAACCGCCUCAACGUUAUCCGUAACGACCAGGAACUGAAGACUUUGAGGAAGAUUGGCGCCACGCAGGCCUUCUCCACAUUUACUUGGUCUACUACACCCUUCCUCGUGUCCUGCUCCACCUUUGGUGUGUUUGUGCUCACCCAGCACAAGUCACUCACAACCGAGAUUGUCUUCCCAGCGCUUACCUUGUUCAACCUUCUGACCUUCCCUCUCGCCAUCCUUCCAAUGGUCAUCACCGCGAUCGUGGAGGCUAGCGUAGCCGUCGGCCGUAUCACCAGCUUUUUGACCGCCGAGGAACUUCAGGAAGAUGCUGUGCUUUGGGAAAAGGCAGUCGAUGACAUCGGCGAGGAGUCAAUCCGCGUUCGUGAGGCAAGCUUCACCUGGGACCGACACGAGGAACGCCUCGCCUUGCAAGACAUCAACUUUUCGGCCCACAAAGGCGAGCUUGCUUGCAUAGUCGGCCGCGUAGGCGCUGGGAAAUCAUCUCUUCUGUCCUCGGUGCUUGGCGAUCUAUAUAAGACCAAGGGAGAAGUAGUGGUCCGGGGCAAGACGGCCUACGUGCCACAGCAGGCGUGGGUCAUGAAUGCGUCUGUCCGCGAAAAUAUCGUAUUCGGCCACCGCUGGGACGCCCAAUUCUAUGAGCAAACAGUCAACGCAUGCGCUCUCCGCGACGACUUCGCUACGCUCCCUGACGGCGAUCAAACAGAGGUUGGCGAGCGCGGCAUUUCCCUGUCGGGCGGCCAGAAGGCAAGGCUUACCCUAGCCCGCGCCGUUUACGCUCGGGCAGACAUCUAUUUGCUCGAUGACUGCCUGUCAGCGGUCGAUCAGCACGUCGGCCGGCACUUGAUUGACAACGUCCUCGGCCCGAAGGGGCUGCUGUCCGGGAAGACAAGGAUCUUAGCCACAAACUCUAUCCCGGUGCUCAUGGAAUCGGACCUUAUCGUGCUCCUACGCGAGGGCAAGAUCCUUGAAAAGGGCACGUAUGACCAGCUUAUGGCUAUGAAGGGCGAAAUCGCAAACCUGAUCCGAACGUCACAGAACGAGGACCAGAAUGAAUCCGACAGCCGCGCCUCCGAAAGCGUCGUCAGCGAAGAGGAAACAAUCUAUGGCGGCGGCAGCCCCAUGUCCGACGACCAGGACCAGGAGGAGGCGGAAGCUGCGCAGGACAAUGCCCAUUUGGCACCACUGCGCACCGGCAACGGCACGGCCCGCAAGUCUAGUUUCCAAACCUUACGACGCGCGAGCACGGCCAGCUUCAAGGGUCCACGAGGCAAGCUCACAGACGAAGAAGGGGGCAACAUGAAGAGCAAGCAGGAGAAAGAGUUCUCUGAGCAAGGCAAGGUCAAAUGGUCCGUCUACGCAGAAUACGCGAAGGUCAGCAACCUGGUCGCCGUCGCCUUCUACCUGGCGCUGCUUGUUGGGGCGCAGACGGCCUCCGUAGGCGGGAACGUAUGGCUCAAAAACUGGUCCGAAUAUAACCAGAAGCACGGCGGAAACCCCCAUGUGGGCAAGUACAUCGGCAUCUACUUUGCAUUUGGCGUGGGAUCCGCGGCCCUUGGCGUCGUUCAAACGCUUAUACUCUGGAUCUUCUGCUCUAUCGAGGCCAGUCGCAAGUUGCACGAGCGAAUGGCCUUUGCCAUCUUCCGCUCGCCAAUGAACUUCUUCGAGACGACGCCUGCGGGCAGGAUCCUGAAUCGCUUCUCAAGCGACGUCUAUCGCGUUGAUGAAGUCCUAGCGCGUACGUUCAAUAUGCUGUUUGUCAACACGGCAAGAGCUGGCUUCACUCUCGUCAUCGUGAGCGUUACGACGCCCGUCUUUAUCGCACUCAUCCUGCCGCUUGGCGCACUCUAUCUGUACAUUCAGCGCUACUAUCUCCGAACAUCCCGCGAGCUCAAGCGGCUCGAUAGCAUCAGCCGCAGCCCCAUUUAUGCGCACUUCCAGGAGUCGCUCAGCGGCAUGAGCACGAUCCGCGCCUACCACCAGCAGAAGCGUUUCGAGCUUGAGAACGAGUGGCGCGUAGACGCUAACCUUCGCGCGUACUUCCCAUCCAUCAGUGCAAAUCGAUGGCUCGCGGUGCGUCUGGAGUUCAUUGGCUCGGUAAUCAUCCUGGCUUCUGCGAGCUUCGCGAUUAUCUCUGUGGCGAGCCAUAGCGGCUUGUCGCCCGGCGCCGUUGGUCUCGCCAUGUCAUAUGCCUUGUCAGUCACGCAGAGCUUGAACUGGAUCGUGCGACAGACGGUCGAGGUGGAGACCAAUAUUGUGAGCGUAGAGCGCGUCCUGGAGUAUGCGGCUCUGCCGAGCGAGGCGCCUGAAAUCAUCUCCAAGAAUAGGCCGCCUAUUAGUUGGCCGUCGCGGGGCGCAGUAUCUUUCCAUAACUACAGCACCAGGUACCGCCCUGGUCUUGAUCUCGUGCUGAAGAACAUUAACCUUGACAUCAAGCCCCAUGAGAAGAUUGGCGUGGUUGGCCGUACUGGUGCAGGCAAGAGCUCCCUUACUAUGGCGCUCUUCCGCAUCAUCGAGCCCUCGGAGGGUAAUGUUAGCAUUGACGACCUGAACACAAGUACCAUAGGACUGCUAGACCUGCGGCGGCGGCUUGCCAUUAUCCCGCAAGAUGCGGCGCUUUUCGAAGGCACUGUCAGAGACAACCUCGAUCCGGGUCAUGUCCACGAUGACACCGAGCUGUGGAGCGUUCUAGAGCAUGCACGUCUCAAGGAACACGUUUCCAGCAUGCCCGGCCGACUGGACGCUCAGAUCAACGAGGGCGGUUCCAAUUUGAGCUCUGGCCAACGUCAACUGGUCUCACUGGCGCGCGCUUUGCUCGCUCCGAGCAAUAUCCUCGUCUUAGACGAAGCCACGGCUGCUGUCGACGUAGAGACGGACGCAAUGCUGCAGGCCACGCUGCGCAGCUCCAUGUUCCGCAACAGGACCAUCAUUACCAUUGCGCACCGCAUCAACACCAUUCUGGACAGCGACCGCAUCAUCGUGCUCGACCACGGAACGGUCGCAGAAUUCGAUACCCCUGCGGCGCUCGUACGGAGCAAGGGUCUCUUCUACGAACUCGUCAGGGAGGCGAACCUGCUCAGUUCGCUGGACGUUACGCAAACUUGAGUCAUGCUUGCGCGGGGGCCAAGCGGUUGGAUGUGCGUGGCCGCGGAAGUCUUCGCUCAGGGAAGACGGGCGGGACCGCGAUUGUAUAUAUACCCCUGCCUAAUUUCUUUGUGGGACGGGAAGCGGGAAUCAAAAUAGCCAAGCGUGUGAGUGACACU